AUGGUUGAUUUGGGAAAUUCGGAUGCAAAAGCAGGUAGACGUAAAUGGAAUUUAUUCUUUGGGCGAAAACCCAUUCCUACGAUUAUAACAACAGAUCACAGCGCCUAUCCUCCGCUACCAGUUAAACAGCGAAUAAAUCCAGAUGCAUACGAUACCGAUGGCGGUACGAAUGACCGUCACUAUUUAACAUCUCAUCAUAAUUCACCAAUAUCACCUCAAAUUCUAAGACGACAUGGUGCUAGUCAGACGUCUUCUCCUCGAACGCCGUCUCGCAAUUCGUUUACAAAAGGAACACUUUCACAUGCCACAUUAAACCCACAAGAUCACCAUCAUCAUGAAGAACAUGAAAUAUAUUCAAAUUUACCUGCACGACAAGAUAUUCGUAAGCACAUUCGAAAUAGUCGAAUACUACCAACAGCGAUGGCUACCACAACACCUUCUGCGCAUGAGUCUUUACCAGCACGACAUACUCUGUCAAUAAUAGAUCAUCAUCAAGCGGUAGGUCGCCGAUCACCGACAGUUGCACAUGAUGUUCAUGAACAGCAACGUCAAGCAAAAGAGCGUAUCCAAAAUCACUUGAUUUCACAUCAAACAGCACCAUUGAGAUUCAUAUUUAUUCGUCAUGCUGAACGAGCAAAUCAAGCGCUUGGACCUGAGUGGUUUUUACGCGCAUUUGAUCAGCGAACGGGCGCUUAUCAUCGAUAUGAUGUUAAUUUACCAGAAACGUUACCAACACGAACAAAUUAUCAAGCGUAUGAAUUGGAUCCACCAUUGACAGUGAAAGGAUUGAAACUUGCUCGAAUAACCGGUGAAAAACUGAUGAAUAAUCGUUUGUCAGCGACUGUUUGUUUAACAUCAUCCGCUCUUCGUUGUGUUCAAACAGGUGAGCGUUUGCUAAUCGGUAUGCAACGUCAAGAACGUAUUCCGAUUCGUGUUGAACCUGGUCUUUUCGAAUGUCCACAUUUUAACCCUAACCUAGUUGACAGUUUUAUGACGAAAAAUGAGUUGUUAUCGAAUUAUUAUAAUGUAAAAGCCGACUACAAGCCUAUUAUACCAAAGAUAAAUGUUCCUGAAACAUUAGAACAAUAUUUUCUGCGCAGUCAAUUUGUUAUGCAACACAUUAUUAAUCGUUAUUCACUUCGUGGUGGAAAUGUGCUGAUUGUUACACAUGCACCCGGACUCAUUGCACUAACAGAUGCGCUACUAGGAAACAAAUCAGAUGCGAAUACACUCUAUGGAACCGCGAGUCGGCUUGAAUAUCUAACCAGUAUAAUCGCUGAAUAUGAAAGUGGACGAUGGAAAUUUCGUGAUCAACCGUUAGAUUAA